CAUUGCAGUCAUUCAAAGUGAACAUAAAUAGCUCCUAAAUUGAAUUACAAUGCUGCCGCUGCGGUGCGUCGCUCGCACUCGAGUCGCGGCGUCCGGGGUGUGCGCGCGAUCCCAUAAUUAAUGACGAGUUUUGGUAGCAGACCUCCGCCAAGUUUCUAUGAGUGAUGAGGAUAAAUUAUAAAUAUCUAGCGUUAUCGAGCGCUCGCGUGCCGCUUUCUUGAUUUCGUUAGUGUAUUCGUAUUAGUGAUUAGUGCGUCCGCGCGCGUUGCCCGAGCGCGACAUGAGCUUGUGCGCGCAGUCGCAGGACGACUCCACUGUCGUACCGCCACUCAUCAUUAUCGAGGAACCCGACCCUCGGGACUGCUCGGUCCCUCCGCCCGAAGGAAAUGUGAAACUACGUAAUUAUAGGAUUGUUAACGAUAAUCUUCGUGCAUAUACAGCUAGCGGCGAUGUUCUUCCUUCGCCGACUAAAGGGAAGUUAGUGUCAAAAUUUGAUCUGUGGUCUUCAAUUUCUCCUCCACGAGAUAAGAUUUUAGAAUUGUUGCGACCCGAGGACCCCGGUAAAGACGCACUGGAAGCGAUCGUGCGAGCAGCGCCGAGGCGUGGCCUCGUGCGACCUUAUGAUGAGGAUACAAAACGCUUUCUUCAAAGGACUUUGGUGACACCAAGCCCUACCGGCUUACCUAUAACCUCUGAACCAGAACCUCGGUUGCCGAAACCGGAAGAAUCAGUUUCAGAAAGCAAACAAAAGACUGACGUGCAAAAUACAAAAAUAGAGAGAUCAUUAGCUGAUGAACUUAGAGAAGCAGAGGAAGAUGAGAGAUCUGGUGCUAAAAUUCGGCGAGAAUUGUUAAGAGAAUUCCGGAAAAGAGGGGGAGGUAUUAGAGAGGCGAUGGAAAGGGAUAGAUUAGGGAAACUUGCGCUUGCUGUUGAAGAAGAUGAGGACUACGAAGAUGGUGGGCUGUCAGCGGCUGCGCGACGGUUGGACGCUCUGCUGGUGGAGUCACGGAGCUUGCACGAAGAGCUUGCAGGCAUUCACGCGGACAUGCAGAUUCAGUGUGCGCGCGCAUGUCGUUGCACGGCGGCAGCACGUGCGCUCACGGCGGAGUCGCGUGCGCUGCGUUACCUGGACGACGUGGUGGCGCUGCUGCGCGGUGAUGUCACAGCCGCCCAACGAACCCGAGCCUGGCCCUUCGCCAUAGGCCGCAGACAGCCCGGCAGAAACUAUAUUGUGUGAAACAGUUAUAAGAUAGCAAGCGGUCAACAAUCCAUCGACGCACUGUGAUGCAAAAACAACGCAUAUUUAUACAUCGCUAAUUGUCACUUUAUAGUAAUAAUUAAUAAAGAAAAUUGAUUGUCAAACACACGCGCAAUCGCGACCGUGUUCAAAUUGAAAACCAUAUUCAAUUACGAACAUAGAAACAGUAGAAUUGUUAGCGUUAAUUUAGUUUUUAAUUAUUGCAUAGUCGACAGUAAUACCGACUCUAAUAAUGUAUAUUUAAGUAAAAUUCAAAACAAUACAUCAAUAUCAUAAGUAUUGUUUAUAAAAUAAAUAUUUCGCAAACGCAAUAAAAGCUAUGUCACAGGCGUUACAUUAAUUUCAUACAUACAAAUAUCUAUUGUAAUUUAUUAAGUAGUUUAUUUAUUUCGUACAAUUUUUCGUAAUUUAUUAUCUGUAAAUUUUGUUUCCUUUGUUUUAAUUAUCAAUAUUAAUCGUUAAUAAGAUAAUAUAUCAUUGAUAACAAAGAAAGCAAGAUAAUGCAAUUAUUAAAUGUGUCACAGAAUUAUAAUUUCAAACAAUAAUGCUUCAUGUACAUAGCGCCACGUCGCACCACCGUCAGCCAGCAGUACUGUUAUUUAUAUCAAGACUGUCGUAGCCUAAAUAAACCUCAAAUAACUGCAUAGUAAGUCGAAAUAAUCGUGCUCACCUCUCUUUUCACAUAUUGUCAAUCAACAAGGUUUAUAUUAAGCAAAAAUAAUAUAUGUUUUUAAAUCUUACCUAGAGACAACGGUAACUACAGACACAAGGGACAAAACGUCAUAGUUCUUAACGUUGGUGACGCAUUGGUAAUGUAAGGAAUGGUUAAUGUUUAUUCGUGGUGACCACUUACCUGUAGUAUAUAAUAUAAAAUAAACCUUAACUCGUCCAUGUGACACCUGGACGGCGUGAAUCUUUGUAAUUAUCUCACAACCAUCUGUAAUAUUUAAUUAAUUUAUACUAAUAUUAUAAAUAAGAAAGUAACUUCGUCUGUCUGUCACGCUCUUAUGAUUAAACCAUUGAACCGAUUUUUCAAGCUUGAGGAACAAGAAAAGGCGUAGGCUUACUUUGUUUUCUAACUGCUGCCCCCCUAUAAAACGCGAAAGCUAGAACAAUAUAAACUUACGGUCUUGCGCGUGCGGCUUAAGCACACUAUGCGUUAGCAUACCAACGUAUCUUUUAUGUAUAUUACUUAAGUCUUAUAUAUUACUAAUGUAGGGUGUCCAUUUGGAAAGUUGAUUUGCGCAAAUAACAAGUGAAAAAACUUUUAAUGUUGAUUGUGUAUCUUUUUAUAAGAAUGUGAAAACUUAAGUCGGAUUUGCAAAUAUAUAUUUUGUAUCUGUAUUUAAAACUCUUAAGA